UUUGCCCACCGAUUUCAAAUAGGGACGAACAACUGGCGGAUUUUUCAGUCGAGGGGAGCAUUUAAUGUGGGAAAGUCAGCUCAAGCGGCCAAAAGGAGGGAAAGCGAGGAAGCGUGUCCGCUUUAGAUAACGACGUACUAAACAUAAAGGUAAGAUACAAAAAUCUACAAGCUGCACAGUGUGUAUGUUUCACUGUAAGAAAGUAAUAAUGAAAUUCCCUCGCUGUGAGCCUACAACCAUGGCCAACAAUAUGGAUAAAAGCUCUGCUGCUGUAGAGUCCAAGGCGCUUCACCUUAAAGCUUCCCCAGUGAAACCCCCAACCCCCGUCAAACCUCAGAGUCCACCCAAUGAUGUGACCACGGUGUUGUUCUCUCUGAACGACAACACCAGACCGGUCCACAACAAGGAAAACAGCAGCAGGGAGCACGAUGGGCAUCUGGAUGAGGCGUUUGAGGACAGCGGUUAUCUGUCUCUGCACAACAGUCAGUUACACGAUCACCACGGGGAGGAAGAGGACGACCACAUCCAGGAAAAAACCCCGGCGAACCUGCUGCCUUCUGCUGCUACACACCAAGAAAAGACCGUAUCACCAAGACAUUCUCCCUCCAAAAAGAACACGAGCCGUCCAGUAGUAGUUUCAGCCUCCACUCCUGUGAGUCAUCACAGGAGAACAGCAGCAUGCUCGCUGUCAUCCACCCCCUCCAGCCAACACGAUGCCAACCUGCCUAUACUGAAGUUCCAGCAGGACGUGUGUGACAGGCUUGCCAAGGGCUAUCGGAAGAAUAAGAGGUUUGACUGGACCAUCGUACACAAGGUGGCAAAUGAUCACCUGUUGGAUCGGGUGAUCGGAGGCCACAUGGGCCUGGAGUAUGUCGACGUGUUUUCAUCUCUGCUGUCCAGAAACAUGAGAAGCAUCCUGACAAACAUCCUGUCCCUGCUCGGGGACAUGGACCUCAUUAGCUGUAAGAAAGUGAGCAGGACAUGGAGGAGGAUCAUCUGUGAGGAUACAGCAGCUCUGAAAAGGUGCAGAGAAGCCGAGCAGGCGCUAAGGGAGUCAAGGAGCUCUCUAAGACAAAGGGGCUGCGGUCUGACAAGAGAUCAGACUGUGUCCAGGGUGGUGCUGUCUUGCAUGCAGACCCUGGCCUCCUCAAGUACUCCGUCAUCGUCCUCAUUCACCCCAGCCUCCAGGGGCAAACAGCACACGGUCCUCUCUCAGAAGAGCCACACGCCCAACUGUACACGCUUCACUGAAUACAUGCAGGCUGCCAGCAGUCUGAAGCAACACGAGUCCCUGCGUCCCUGCAAGCGUUGCGGCUCACCAGCAACACAUCUGGCGGAGGUUCAGAGGGCCACGUGCACUCGCUCCAGCUGUCUCUUCGACUUCUGCACAAACUGCCAGGAGCCCUUCCACGGCUCCACCCCCUGCAGAGUGGUGAAGCCCAGAUCCAACUUCUCCUGCCCCAAAACAACCCCGAUCAUACCAGGCAGCGCUCGCAGCAAGAGGAGCAUCCGGCGCCUGUGACGGAGCUUUACUGAGGUUUUUAUUUACCGACUGUUUUAACUGGGUGGGUCAACUUUCCCUGGACUGGCAGUGUUACCGCUGACUCCCUCCGAUGUUCGGGCGGGUGGGGAAAGCUUUUACGUGGGCGCCUGACUGUGCACUGUGGCACCAAAGCUUUGUUACAUGCCCGAGCUGUGGCUCUACCUAACUGAAUCUGACUGAAGCACUUAAAACACUACUGGGACAAUCAACCAGAGAGUGUCAUCUGGCUAAAAAUGUUGUCGUCUGUGAGCGACAAACACAUCUGAUGCCAAAAAA